AUGAUUGCCACGGUUGCACUCAACUCACUCCCUAACGUUCCUUCCCCAGACGACCCCUUCUCCGUGGCGCACAUCCCCGAUUCCUUGUUGAGAGCAGAGCUCCUGCGACGAGAUGCCGACUCGGCAGCAUGUGGCACCACCGAGCGCGGGGCCUACAACACUCCAUUGCAUGUUAUGGCGCUAUUCCUCAUUCUCGGACUCAGCACAUUCGGUACGUUCUCUCUCAUUCCUUUUUCUGGGCGGGCCCGGCUGAUUGCUGUUCGCGUGCAAUCAGCAUGCUCAUUUCCUAUUCUCGCUCGUCGUUUUCCCCGUCUCCCGAUUCCACGCCGCUUUCUUUUCAUAUCAAGACACUUUGGCACUGGCGUGCUCAUCGCAACGGCCUUUGUGCAUCUGCUUCCGACGGCCUUUGUCUCCUUGACGGACCCGUGUCUCCCUCGAUUCUGGAGCGUAACGUACCGGGCAAUGGCCGGUUUUGUAGCUAUGAUAUCCGUCUUCGCCGUUGUAUGCGUUGAGAUGUUUUUCGCCAUGAAAGGUGCGGGCCAUGUUCAUGGGAAUGAGUACGAUAAUCUCAUCGGUGAAAUUGGGCGCGACUCGAUGAGUGAUUUUGGACCCGAGGGCACCAGUUAUUCGAGACUGGAGGCGAACGAAGCCCCGGACAAUAUCCGCCUUGACAAUCUCGACAACCAUCGGGUAGAAGCUGCAGAUCGGCCAUCUGGUUCAUCCCAUGGGUCUGACCAGCGGCGCUUAACAGGUACGCUCUCGGAUAAAGAGCGCAAUGAUGGAGAGACUGAUGAUGAUACGCCCGCCAACGGGCACACGUCACGAACGUCUCAUCAGCACCUUCGGCCACGUCUGAGUGGAAGUUAUCGGCACCAGACGCACUCGGAGCUGCCGAUCCAGAACCCACAACGCCAGCUUCUGCAGUGCCUACUUCUCGAAGCGGGGAUUCUGUUUCACAGCAUCUUCAUUGGCAUGGCGCUGAGCGUGGCCACGGGCACUUCGUUCAUCGUCCUCCUGGUCGCCAUCGGUUUUCACCAGACCUUCGAGGGAUUUGCGCUUGGGUCUCGAAUCGCUUCACUGAUUCCGGAUCUCUUUGCGCCGUCCUCGAUGAAGCCGUGGCUGAUGUCACUGGCGUACGGCACGACCACUCCCCUUGGCCAGGCUAUCGGUUUGGUGCUCCACAAUCUCUAUGAUCCAGCAAGCACGACAGGUCUUCUCAUGGUUGGUAUCACCAAUGCGAUCAGCAGCGGCCUUCUCCUGUUCGCAGGUCUCGUUGAACUUCUGGCGGAGGACUUUCUGAGCGAAUCCAGUUAUGAGAACCUCAAAGGCCGGCGGCGGAUCGAAGCCUGUGUGUCAGUGGCUUGUGGUGCCAUCCUAAUGGCUUUUGUUGGUGCCUUUGCAUGA